AUGCCUAUCGGAAAGAUCCCUCAGUCGUCGUACUACGAUAAGUACAACCGGCCCACCGCCGCCCUCUACCGUGCCCGCCAGCCGUACAUUGUCAAGAAUGCCCUGACUGGCCUGGCCAUCUUUGGCUUCGCUAUUGACUCCUUCACCAUCCGCGCCGUCGCCCAGGAUGACUUCGAGGAUGUCGUCGUUCCCGAUGCGCCCGCCACCCCUGGACAUGCUCCUCACACCAGCACUGUGAGGCAGGUCGCUCCCAAGUAA